AUGAUUGAGGAAGUGAAUCAUGUUCGACAGAAGGUGGCCAACUUAAUGGGCGAAGACAGGCUGGAAAGAAAAUUUCUCGUUCCCAACCCGACAGUGGCGUCCUUGUACUGCCUACCGAAGAUUCACAAGAAUCCGGUGGGCAUGCGUCCAAUCUCGUCAAACAUCCGUACCCCCACGGAAAAAAUGGCAGCAUGGCUGGUAGAAGAGCUGAAAAAAUACCCUGUGAAGCAUGGAAAAGGCGUUAAAAAUUCGGUGGAUUUGGCAGAGCAACUAAAGGAGCUCAAACUACGGAGAGGUGAAAUAUUGGUGUCGUUCGAUGUAGUCGCUUUAUUCCCGAGCGUACCAGUUACAGAAGCACUGCAAAGCCUACGCCGACAUUUAGAACGAUGUCGUGUGCCGCACAAUCACAUCGAGGCUUAUCUCUCCGUUGCACAGGUGUGUAUGGACCAAAAUUUUUUCAGCUUCCGGGGAAAGUUCUAUAAGCAGACCUUCGGUCUAAGUAUGGGCAGUAAACUUUCACCACUAUUAGCAAAUUUGUUCAUGAGCGAUCUGGAAAAUAAAGCCCUAAAAGAGAAGCUAUUCCCUCGAGUGUGGUGGCGCUACGUGGACGACGUUUUUGCUCCGGUGAAGGAACGUUACGUAGACCAGACACUGGCCAUGCUUAACUCGCAACAUGAAACAAUAAAAUUCACGGUUGAGAAGGAAGUAGAGGGGAAAUUGCCUUUCCUCGAUCUGUUGAUUACCAAAAAUGAGGACAACUCCUUGAAAUUUGGUAUUUAUCGUAAGCCAACGAGCACAGAUCGCUACAUUACAUCCGAUUCUAAUCAUUUUGGUGCCCAGAAGCAGGCUGCCUUCCAUUCGAUGGCACACCGGCUUUAUAAUGUGCCGAUGGAAAGCGUAGAAUUCAAAGAAGAGCAAGAACGAAUUUACGCUGCGGCCGAAGUUAAUGGGUAUGCUGUUGCUGCUGCGGCUGCCACAUGCUCGCUCGGUUCCAUGCACCUCACCAGGGAACGGGAGUUGAUAGAGGUGAUGUUUCUGUUGCUGCUGCUGCUCAACGUGAGGCGACGACGAGUGAAACCCGAAGCAGCAACAGCAGCAAUUGACAAAGUGUUGAGUUGUUCGAAGGAGAAUGGCAAUGGGUUGACAAUCUGGCAGGAGGACGGUUAUCUCUCCAUUCCACGGACGGACGGGGACUAG